AUGAGAUUUCUUUUUCUAGUCGCGAUUCUAUGCGCUCUUUUGGACCAAGAUAGAACUCUGGUCAGUUCAUCAAGACGAUCGAAGAACAAAGGACAAUCCAGUAAAAACUGCUCGAUGGACCCGUUCAGGCGGAAGCGCCCGUCGCGCAGGAAAGCCAGCAAGGACCGCGUUGAGUGUAAAUUUUGGAAAGUCGAGAAAGCAACGAAACGAUGUCGUAAAACCGUAAACAGUACUGGUGCGAGUCAGCGGAAAAGUUGCCGGCCGCUCGAAUGGAAAAUCGUCGAAAAUCAACCGGAACUCAAGCCAAGACCUGGCCACUAUCUGGUCGCGAAUGCGAAAUACUCGAAGGAUCAAAUGAAUCCAGCUCGAUUUAUGAGCAAAGGAAUCCGCUACGAUCGAAGGAAGAAGAGAGCCCUCUGCCUUACCUUCAAGCAGGCGAUUUUCUGCGAAUCGAAUAAAGACAAAAAGGCCUGUGGAUUUCACGGAGACGAGAAGAACGCUCCGAUGGGUUUGUUCGUCAAAGUCAUGUACAUUCGCAAAGACAACUCCAAAGCAGAAAGAACAAUUUGGGAACGGAUCGAUGCAGAAGGCGAACCAGGUGUUUGGACCACGACAGAUCCAAUUAACAUCAUGGACCCGAAAUAUUUUGAAGACGAAAAUUACGGCAUCUAUCGACCCGGUCAAACUCGAAAGAAAAAGCCCCAGUCGCAGAUCAAGAAGAAUUCAAAAAUCCGCGUUUCAAUCGAAGCACAACGCGGGUCUGCUAGAAAUUCCAUCGUCGCCAUUGAUGACAUCAAAAUUGAUUAUUGCAACAGAAAACCUGCAUCUCCUCGUCCAACUCUUACCCCCUGCGAAGAAAUUUUAAUCCAAGAUCCGACUUGCAGCGGGAAGAAAUGCAAGAGCAUGAACUGCAUCAUGAUCGAGCCCGUCGAACUCGGCCCAAUGAGAGAGCAGGCGCGAAGAAAAGCCGCUUAUUUACCGGAAAUGAUCAUCGAAAAUUUCUCACCAAGAGGCGUUUUUUACGAUAAUGAGAUGUCUCCAUCACUCGAAUGGCCCAAAUGCAAGUACAGUGAACUGACAGAAGACUUCAACUUCUGUCUAAAAGCAUUUGCAGUAUCCGAGCAGAUCCGCUGCAGCGAUCGUUACGUCCAGCUGGAGCGAUGUAUGAAAACCGUGGCAGAAAGCUGUGGCGAGAAAUUUGACGGAGAAGACCUUCUCGCAGACGAUUUCCUGAAGAACGAGAUCUUCGACUACUUCAAGACAAUGAGGCUAUUCGAGCGUCUCUGUACGAAUGAAUCGACCAGGCUGGUGAUCAACUCGCACAUGUACGAGCCCGACUGCCCAAAGUCCCAAAAAUACGAACAAGAACGAUGCACAGCCAUUGCAUUCGAACCUAACCCGCUCACUCCUGACGGAGAACUAAAUUGCAGUCAAUGGUCAGAAACUCGCAAAUGCCACAGCAGAAUAAUCGACUCGUGUACUUUCUACUCUGGCCUUGACCUCAUUCUUCUCGGAGGAUCGCCCUGCCACAUCAAACCUGUCACUUUCCUUCUCAUCACUGCCUACACGAGAAAAGCGAGCAAACUUCUAUCUGUAUCUCUCCUCCUACCAUGA